AUGUUUCUGAACGUAUCCUUAGAUGGAAAUGCAUGGAUAACAUACUGGUGUGAAAUAAACAGUUACUACCUUGAUUUCUACAGCGUGAAAGAAAACACAGAAGAGCGCGAAUUAUUCUCAACAAUUCAUUUAGGCUUUGCAGAGUUCAUUCCAUCAUCAAAUAGUUCAAAACCGGAUGUUAUUGAAAUAAUUGGUACCCGACCUCCAAUGCGCAACUUCAGACUUUAUAUUUAUACAUAUGAAACUUUUAAUCUCAUAACUUUAAUCAAAAUUUGUAAAAAACAACGCGAACAAUGGAUUUCUCAACCGAAAUACUUAAGAGAUUGCUCAAUUUCCGUGAAACCACAUACUAUUUUAGCACUCCGCCAAAAAUGGAAUGUUAAUCAAGGAGAAGUAUUAAUCGAAAAGAAGACCACAGAGAAAAUACGUUUUCAACUUACAGAUAUUGAAAUUUUAGAUCCAAUAAUAAAUCCAGAAUUACCAUUUCAUUUUAGAUUCAGGACCAGAAAAAUGGACGAUAUUGCUAUACAUAAAUUACAUUCAAUAGAUAAUAUGAGGGAUUUAUUCAAUACAAUCUUGACUAACUUACAAUCAGCCUAA